UUUUGACACAUUACCAACCUAAAUUGUCGUUGCUGAAUUCUCCACUGUUCUGAUGAGGAAACAGCACAGCGUGCGCUCUGACUACAAUCACUGGGCUGUGAUGGUGAACAGAGACUUGGGCACCGGGAAAUACAGCUGGCAUUUCUUCAAGGCCUACUGUAACAGCAAACUGUGUAACGUGCUCUUCACCCACAAACUUGCCAAGAGGCUGAAAGGAACCAACGUCACCUGCUACAGUGUCCAUCCAGAGAAGCGGGUCCUCUUCUGUGAAGUUGGACCACCAUAUUAGGACAAACACAGAAUGGACAAAUGGACUCUAGAUAGGACUUACAGGGUUUCGUCUUCUGACCGUUUAUUGCAAGCAAAUUAAAUCUGAUCAUAACACAUAACAACAGGCACUGCAGGUCCAGCAUGGUCAAGAACCUGUUGCCUCUUUGCCAGCCACACCCUCGCUGGCUGCAGUCCUGCUGGGGCU